AUAUGCUGUUGGAUAAAGUAGAUAUGAAUCAUAUGAUUGCAGGCAGAUAGAAUCUAUUGCCUGAUUUCCGUAGAAAAAUUAAGAAGUGAGACGUGAUGUAAUCAGUACAAGGUUCCAUCGAACAGAUUUGUAAUAUAAACUAAUAUUUCUUACACUGGUAAAUGCUCCAUAUUCAAGGUUAUUUAUGGUAUAAUUUGAGCGAGAAUUGUUCACACUCGUUACAUAACCUCAAUUAAACCUGUGUGAAGAUUGUACGGAGCUACGUUGAUCAAAAUGAAUUCCAUUACGGACAGUCCAGGUUCUAAGGCUCUCGAAGCCGCUAAAAAUAUUAAGGAUUUGAUUGUAUUCAAGAAGCCUAUCGGAUCUGUUAAGAGGAGUAAAAGUACUCGACCAAAGAUCUUAGACGAAGAUACAUAUAUUGAAAAAAUGAGCGACAUUAUACAAAAGGAUUUCUUCCCGCACUUGGAAAAGCUACAAGCACAAAAUCAGUAUCUAGAUGCUUUAGAGCAGAACGAUAUGAACAGAAUGAGAGAGCUGUAUGCGAAAUAUAGCUCCGGCCGACCCGUCACUGAGAGGCCAGUCAGUCCAGCGACUUUCGAAACCCCGUUGCGCAGAACUGAUUGCGAGUCAGAACGCCACGAAUCGCCACCCACCUCUCAGGUCGUAUCGUCUGAAAAAAUAUGCGUCGAGUCCAUAAAGAUGAUGGAUAAAACUGAAAAUAAGAUUGGUCUGGAUGAUUAUUUGAGUACUCAUACUAGCGAGGAUAACGCUAGUUUUGAAGAGAUGAUGGUUGAAGCCGAGAAUAACCGUAAGCUCAAGUACGCCUGGCUUUAUGAGGCGGAGGACAAGUCGAAAGCAUGGCUCGCUAUCGACGAACCCAUCACUGACCACGUUUUAGCUAUCGAAGGAUCAAAUACCAGGCCUAAACAAGUAGACAGUUGGACUUACAAGAAUAAGAAUUACAUUAUGUACAUACCCGACGGAGUGGAACUUACGGCAGAGGAGAAAAUAGAAUUGGCUAAGAAGAAGCAAACUAUAAUGCACGAAAACACGAGAUUGCGAACAAACCCGUUUAACGAGCAACAAAAUAAAGAGACCAUUGACGAACUGGCCAAGUCACAGUCCAGAGCGAACGACGGCAAGAUUGGCGUGGAUGGCAAAGAGAUCGUCAGAAACGCAACGCCACGAGUGAAUGGUUUUAGCUUCGUGGUGACGCCAAGUCCGAGACCGGGAGAGUGCGAAAGUCCGUUGAUGACAUGGGGUCAGAUCGAGGGGACGCCCUUUCGAUUGGAUGGUGGUGACACUCCGUUGUUGAAGACGAGUCAGGGACCGUCGUUCAGAAUAGCGGAACCGCCGAAAAGAGAGCAACUGGCGUUGCAGUUGGCUGAGAAGGCUGGCGAGAGACACAGGGACCGAAAAAAUAAAGCCUUAGAAGCAGCCAGAAAAUCAUUAGCCACUCCGUCACCGAGAUCAACUAUAGAUCGUCUAAGCACUAUGUCUCCCGCGGCAAGAAGAUUAGCGACUCAGAAACUUCGGAUAUCGAGCACGCCGUCCCCUCGGCGAACGCCAUUGUCCAGGACUCCGUCCGUAGGCAUCAGAGCACCUAAUACGCCACGUGCAAACGUACUCGCUAAGGAAACCAGUAGCACCUCUCAAAAGUCGGAAAUUAAUGCCACGCGGAUACAAGGACCCGUACUCACCGAUAACUUACUUAAUCUACCUCCGCAGCGGCAACGAGCGUCAGAUUUCUUCAAUAAAUAAAGUUUUUUAUUCAUCAAAAUUGUAUGUAUUGUAAAAAGAUUGCGUGUAGACUUUGAAUGACAUAUACAUCAAUAUGUCAAAAUGUACCAAACUUAUUUGUCUGUAUUAAGGAGAUAAUUCUUUCUCUCUAUCUCUCUCGCGCGCGCGCGUCCGCGCGAAUAUACCUUGUAAAUGAUGUAUAUAAAUAGUUAAUUAUAGUGUUUAUAAUAUAAUGUAAUAAUUUAAUUCGAGUCUUAUUGAAUGUUGCAUGUUAUCUUACAAAUUAUACAGGCAUUUGUUAUGUUUGCAAUUAUUACUAUUUAGAAUUAUUACUUAUUUACUACAUUUCAUGUAAGCAAGGCUUUUCACUUGAUUUUUGUAUAAAUCAUAAAUUUUUAUAUCUCGUAUUUUUCUUUAAAUAUAUUCGUCGAAGGCAAGUGCCGAAAGAGUUUCGUCCUCUUGAAAUCUAACAACAUCAGCUACAACUGUAGAUCAAAUUUCAAAAUAUCUUGUGUCAUGUGCAUGGGAAAUAAAAUAUUUUAUGAUACUGUA